CGCGUGCGGCUCCGCACAACCGCCGAGACUCCACACACAAAUGCUCGACCCAAUUUCGGAGUAACUUGCUUAUAUUUACGUAAUAAUUAAACAAUUUUGAGAGGUGUAAUCUUUUAUUAAAACAUGUGCUCGAUAUUUCCUCCCCUCGGUGAAUGUUAACCGAACAUUGUGAUGGAAGGCAGUUUGAGGUUAGGUCCGGUCACGUGUACGUAUACUCUCACAUGACUUGAAACAACUGCUGCUUAUUUUCAUCCUCAGGUGAAAAGGAUGGGAACCAGAAGGCUCGCAGACUACCAGCCCAGCUGAUAGAAUGGCUCUAGACAAGGGUCCGUUCGUCUUCCGCUUGAAUGACAAUGGCACAGGACCUAACCUCCUGCUUCAGGUGUGUCUGGAACGCGGCUGGAGAGAGUACAAUGAGUCUGCUCCACUCAAAGACAACUGGAACCUCUGGUGGCGCACCUCAGGGUUCCCUCUUAAUCACUACAAGCAACUCAAGCCCUGGCAGUUCACAAAUCAUAUCCCGAAAGCCUCCUGUAUAUGUCGGAAAGAUAACUUAUCAAGGUAUCUCAAGUGUAUGAAGAAGGUGUUUGGGGGAAUUUAUGACUUCAGUCCCGACGCAUACAACUUGCCGCUGGAGUACACAAAGCUGGUAGCAGAGUGCAGCAGACAAAGUCAGCAAGACACACAGCGGUGUGAUGUAUGGAUAUGCAAACCUGUGGGACAGAGCCAGGGUCGUGGUAUCUCACUCUUCAAGAAGCUGAGUGAACUAGUAUACUACUCAAAUGCUGUGGUCCAACGCUACAUCCAAAACCCACUACUGAUAGGAGGAUACAAGUUUGACCUGCGACUGUACGUCUGUGUGCCAUCCUUCCGUCCUCUCACUGUUUACCUGUACAAGGAGGGACUUGCCAGGUUUGGAACAGAGAAAUUCACCCUAAGUGACCUAGAUAAUCACUUUGCUCACUUGACCAACAGUUCUCUGAACAAGCUCGGCCCAAGAUAUACAGAGAUGAAAGAGAGGGUAGGUGCUGGAUGCAAAUGGAACCUCAGGCAAUUGAGACACUACCUACACCAGGCUGGUCUGAAGGACUGGUUGUUAUGGCAACGCAUCUCAUCCCUGGUGGUUCUCACAGUGGCGAGUCAGCUACAUGGCAUUCCUCCCAGCAAUAACUGUUUUGAGUUCUAUGGCUUUGAUGUACUCAUUGACUCUUCUCUCCGGCCUUGGCUGCUUGAGGUGAAUCUAAGUCCAGCGUUAGGCAGAGACUGUGAUGUGGAUGCAGCAGUCAAGAAGCCCAUGCUACAUGACAUGUUUGAUCUGCUCGGGCUACCUGUUUGUAACACUGGUCUCUCCUUGUUUACUCUUUGGUCUGGAGAAUCUAUCCGCACCAUGUCAAACCGGAGUGUCAGCUCUCGUUCGUCAACAUCGAUGGAUGACGCAAUCACAGGAGAGGAGGAUGAAAUGGCAGUGAGUGGUGGGAGCAGCCGAGCAAGGUCCGCCCCUCACACCGCCGUGACUGUGGUGACGGUGGCUAACCGGUGGCGGCGGCGUCAGCACCAAUCGGAAAAUCAGACUCGCAACAAAACCGCCAAGAGCACCACUUCUCCGGCAUCAGUUAGCCGGCCCAAGACACAACGCAAGCAAACCCCUAAAAUUGGUGCUUUUCUCCCCACAGUAAACAUUGGUGAAGAGUAUCACACUCCUGAUGAAUGGAUGAGGUAUAAUGAAAUAGUAACAAAUCCCAACGGUUCAAAAAGUUACCGGAGACCAAAAUGCCCUCCUUCUGCACUCUGGGGCAAUGGGAGAGACUGGAGAGAUCCUCCUACUAGAGAAGGAGAUUGGGUUAGAGUAUAUCCUCAGGGUCAGAAGGCUCUGGGCAGGAAUAUCCUGUGGCAUGAUGAGCCGUCAGAGCCGCACACUACCAUGUUUGGUGAUAAGGAGAUAAAAACAAUUGUGUCCAACAUGAGUAAGAGUGCCAAACUUGCCAAAGAUAUCUUCCAAAAAAAUCCUACUCUAAGUGACGAUGACAGAAAUUCAAUGCUAAUGAAAAAUUUAGGACUCGCUGGUCUUGUAUGGUUACCAAAUAAUUAAAUUCAUGCUUGAUAUCAAUACACAACCUUUCAAAUUUAUAACUUUUUCAAACUAUUGUAGUUUGUGUACAAAAUGCUGCCUUCCUGCUCACUAUAAUCAGCAUUGCCUCAAAAUUCUAAAUGGCUGCCAUUUUGUCUUCACUUUCUGGUCAACAUAAAUUUAUUGUGUUCAUAUAAAAUACGUAUGUAAUAUGCCUUGUAAUUAUUAUUGUGAAUAUAAAACUGUAGACAUGUAAAUAAAGAACUUAAAAUUAA